UCAUAGUUGAAAUCCGACCCCGCCGAGGAAAGUCCCCUUCUAUAGAAGUCCCUCGGCGAAGACGGGUCUUAGCUUAGAUGAGACAAAUGGGUCGGUCAUCAGUCAGCAUUUGCAAGUUGCUUCCUCAUUGUCCGGUCUGAAAAUCCCGGGAUGAGUAAUUGCCUACCGUACCUAAUUUGUAGUUAGUUAUUUCUUAGGUACUCAUAAGCUUUCUAAUCCCUUCAUUGUGCAAAAUUACUCAUCUAGACUUUGUUGGCUUUUAUUCCUAAAAGCGACUUGACUCGAAACAGACAACAUCUUGCCUACCACUUAUACGCCACCGUUUGAUCGUACAUCGUGACGCAGUCCUCCAAUUUAUUCCCGAUUUGCGAUACUCUAGAGCCUUAGAAAAUAAUAACAUUAGAGUACCUUAUACAAAUUCGCCUAUCAUGCCGUCUGCGCUCAUCAGCCAUAACAAGUUCGACGGCAUACCUGAGACAAUUGCCGCUUUCCGCAAUGGCGAAUUUAUAGUCGUUAUGGACGACCCGGGUCGCGAGAACGAAGGAGACUUGAUCAUAGCUGCCGAUAGCAUAACAACUGAGCAAAUGGCUUUCAUGGUUCGACACACGUCCGGCUUGAUCUGCGCGCCUAUCACACACGCCCUUACAGAAUCCCUGAAACUGCCGCAGAUGGUAGAAAAUAGCGAAGACCCUCGCGGAACCGCCUACACAAUUUCCAUCGAUGCCGCCGACCCCUCCGUUACCACCGGCAUUAGCGCCCAUGACCGUGCCCUAACAGUCCGACACCUCGCAGACCCCAAAUCUACCGCCGCCAGCUUUCGGCGCCCAGGCCAUGUAUUCCCCCUACGCGCACGUCCAGGCGGUGUCAGGGCUCGGAGAGGGCAUACCGAAGCUGGCGUGGACUUUUGUAGACUAGCAGGUAAGCCAGAGGUCGCGGCGAUCUGCGAGAUAGUCGAAGAUGGGGACGAGGUCGCCGGGAGGGCCGUGCGAGAAGGCCCGGGAAUGAUGAGGGGUGAGGGAUGUAUCGCAUUCGCGAGGAGAUGGGGACUCAAGGUCUGCACAAUCGAGGAUCUAGUCGACUACAUAGAAAAGACUGAAGGUAAACUUGGCGCCAACGGGAGUUCGUAGUUCCUUGCCAAGGCAUAAGCAUAAAAAAGAUUUUGCAUAUAGAUGGACAUGAGAGCAUCUCUCAUAAGACUACCCGAAGUGGUCGGCGAUGCGCAAGUGUCCGUUGGAGAGACAAGGACAUCACCUGGUGAAGCAGAUGGAGAUACUUUACUUGGAUCAUACGGGGGCUUAUAGAGAAAAUGUUGGCGGGAUCACAACUCUGAAUACUACAUUGUAUUAUACCUACAUUGGAUCUGAUAUCGAAGCUAAAAUAAAAUAUCUCGAGAUGUAUUAACUUUAGGAUAACUUACAUAUAUGGUCUGGUGUAGUCUAUAGCAAGAUAAGCC